AUAAUUCUUUAUUAAAAAUAUUAAAUUUAAAGCCAUACGUUUCCAGAGACAACUUGUUUGUUCUGGAACCAACUACUGCUUACCUUCUUCUUCAAUCAAAAGGCUCAAAAUUACAUCAUAUUCUUCGCUUUUCUAUUGCUGAAUUUCUGGCAAUUCUUGUUUCUUCUAUCGGUUUUCAUGAUUGUAUCUCCGAACAUUUUACCGCUGAGGAAGCGGCGGCCGUCUGCCGGAGCCUUUGUUUCACCGAAAUUGACGGAUGUGAAACUAGUUGAAUCACUUCUCGAAUUAUCGCGGGAAGUCUCUUCUCUUGAGCCUCUUCGAUUCCUUCUGAAACGAAGGUCGGUUUCUAUUAUCCGCAAGUUGAAGCUCUUUGCGGUUUUCUUCGAAGAGAUUCUACGCAAUCCUGUCUCCUACUUUCCUCAUUCGGCGCUUCUCUGCUUUGAGGAAAUGUACAUAGUUUUCCAGAGGAUCAAGACGCUGCUUGAGGAUUGUUCUAACGGGAGCGAGAUGUGGUUGCUGAUGCAAGUCGAAUCGGCGGACAACAGUUUCCACGAUCUCACUCUGGAUUUGUGGACUCUCUUGGAUAUUUUUCCGGUUAAAAAUCUUGAUCUGAGCAAAGACGUGGAAGAGAUCGUCGCUUUGAUCAGAAAACAAAGCGCCGAAUCAAGAGCGGUCGUAGAUCAGAGAGACGCUAAACUCAGGUGCGAGGUGUUAACCAUGCUUGAUUGGAUCAGAAAGGGAAUCGCACCUGAAAAUUCAACGCUGAAGACAGUUUUCCAGAAUUUAGGAUUACGCGAUGGAAGCAGUUGCGGCGAAGAAAUCGAGAGACUCGAAGAGGAAAUUCAGAAUCAAAUCGAGGAAAAGGCCAAAUCAGAUAUUGUAACUUUGAUCAGUCUCGUCCGUUACGCGAAAUGCGUCCUGUUUGGAUCAUCAGCGCCGAAAUCUGAUAAUCAAAGACGAAAAACCGCUUCCAAGGAUGUUAAUAUCCCGGCGGAUUUCCGGUGUCCAAUAACACUGGAAUUGAUGCAGGAUCCGGUAGUGGUGGCAACAGGACAGACGUACGAUCGCGAAUCAAUCAAGCACUGGAUCGAAUCUGGUCACAACACGUGCCCAAAGACAGGUCAGAUCCUGGCCCACACCAGCCUAGUCCCCAACGGCGCCUUGAGGAAUUUAAUAGCAAUUUGGUGCCGGCAGCAGAAAAUCCCUUUUGAGACGGCAGCCGAUGAUGAGAAACCAAACUGCUUUAAAGUCAACAAGGCGGCGGUGGAGGCUACAAAAAUGACGGUGUCAUUUUUGGUGAAUAAACUCCCAACUUCAGAGCCAAUGGAGGUUACAAACGGUGUCGUUUACGAGCUUCGUGUUCUUGCCAAAACAGACUCCGAUAGCCGAACCUGCAUCGCCGAGGCUGGGGCGAUACCUAUGCUUGUUAGGUAUCUAGGUUCUGACGUAGGCUCGGAGCACCCGGAUCUCCAAGUCAAUGCUGUGACAACCAUCCUAAACCUAUCCAUUCUAGAAGGAAACAAAACGAGAAUCAUGGAAACUGACGGCGCUUUAAACGGCGUCAUCGAGGUGCUACGUUCAGGUGCCACUUGGGAGGCGAAGGGGAAUGCCGCCGCUACAAUAUUCAGCCUGUGCAGUGUGCAUGCGUACCGGAAAAAGUUAGGGAGGAAGACACGUGUCAUCAAUGGAUUGAUUGAUUUGGCGAAAGAUGGACCCAAAAGUUCCAAGAAGGAUGCCCUCGUGGCAAUUUCGAGUUUGGCGGGAGACAGGGAGGCGGUUGCGAAGUUAGUUGAUGGAGGGGUGGUGGACAUGGUGAAUCAGGUAAUUGUCAGUUUGCAGGAGGAGGCGGUGCCGAUACUCGAAUCGGUGGUGAAGAGAGGCGGAAUAGUGGCGGUGGCGGCUGCUUAUAACACUAUUAGGAAAUUGUCUGUGGCAUUGAGGCAAGGAUCGGAUAAUGUUAGGGAGAGCUCGGCGGCCGCUCUUGUUACAAUUUGUACGAAAGGGGGUUCAGAAAUGGUGGCGGAAUUGGCAGGGAUGCCGGGGAUUGAAAGGACUAUGUGGGAAUUGAUGGGAACAGGGACUGCGAGGGCUCGGCGGAAGGCAGCCACGUUGUUGAAGAUUCUACGGAGAUGGACCGACGGCUUGGAGGGUGUUGGUGUUACGGAAGGUUUCACCGUGGGUCCAUCUACAGCCAUAAUGUUGCAUGGUUAUUAGUUUUUCUUCCUUUUUUUUUUUUGGGUUAAAUUGUAAAUCUUUUACUUUUGUAAUUUGAUUACUUUAUUCUUCCAUGUGUAACUCGUGUAAAAUCAUGUCAGUAAGAUUUUCCAAUUCAACAAGGAAUCACCCAUAUAUCCCUCGUGGUUCACAUAAAAUUGUCAGAAACGU